AUGUCAAACAUUGGUUCCUGGUAAGACAAGUUAUUAAACUGGUAGUGAAAGGAGAGUCCUUACCAGAUUCGAGGCAGCUGAAACUUGUUGUGUUUGCAUGCACGCUCAAACUUUUUUAUAUACUAUUCUAACUAGUAAGCCCCAUCCAUAGCUAAAAAUGGAACUUAACGACAACCACCAUCAGAACAUUUUGAAUUAUUUGAAGUUUUCUAAAUUUCGCCGAGCUCAGAAACUUAGAGCUGUAGAUGGUAAUUUCGAGAGUACACUUUCAAGCAGAGUGUCUGCCGAAGAAACCUACACUGGCGACGAGAUAAUUGAAAUACUUGAGGAACUAAAUCAAGUUGUUAGAGCAGAUGUUGAAUCAGAAUUCCUUGAUAGCAAUCACACUAAUUGUCUUCUUUUGCGGCAACUAUUCAAGCAAGCAGAGAAAUGGCAUUUGAAGUUAAAUGUUGAUACCUCAGAACUUGAGAACAAGGCUCUGUUGGACGCAGUUGCCAAAUUAGAAGACUGUACAUCAUCUUCAUCUCUGAGGAAUGAGUCUAAAGGAAAACUUAUACCGUUAGAGGAGUCAGGUCCAGUGCCCUUGUUAAAAUUGGAAAUCAGUCGCCUGGAAGAGGAGAAUAGCAAGCUUAGAAGCCGGCUUGAGAAUGUGGAAAUGAACUGCAGUAAUACCUUGCAAGAGAAGGGGACGCUGCAGGAACAAGUCAAUAUGUUGAAAAGUCAAAUAACUUCCAGUGGUGCGGCUCCAAGUGUUCAAAUCAGUAAUCUCAAAUCUGAGAUUGAGAGACUGGAAGGUGAACUGUCUAGAAGUUCGAUUAACAGUUCCUCGACGGGAGGUUCAGUACCAGGAGAUUAUGUCAGCACUAAACAUCAGCUACUUGCAGUUCAGAGCCAACUAGAACAGACUCAAGAGGAACUGGACAGGAAAUUCAGUGAGACCACUCAGUACAACAACAUGAAGAAAAUGUUGGGUAAAAAGAAUGAACAGCUCAAGGAAAUAAGGUCUAAAUUAAGAAGAUAUGAACCUACUGACGAUUAAGUUUCAUCACAUCAGAAUGGGACAGUGUGGUUGAUAUAAACGAAAUAUUUCAGCUACUCAACGUUCAGAAAGUUAUACCGUGUAUUUUACAGAUUAAUAUCCAAGGGUUAAUUUCAAUGUACAGUUCAGUAAAUGCUAGUUUUGGGUAAGUAAGAUGCGCCUUUUGCCGGAAAGUUCGUCUAAUUUGAUUCACAUUACUACGAAAGCCAAAGUAAUGCACCUCUCCUAGGGUAGCGCUAAUAUAAAUCCAUUCACCCAAGUAUGUAAACUAUUUAUACGUAUUACUCCCUAAGCUAACAACUUUCCAGCUUUGUUCCUCUUUAUUUUCUGUCAGCACUUUGAAGUGCUUUCAAGGGCAGUCUUAUUCUAGCGGGUCUAGAAUUGUUGGGGUUGAUUAUUAAAGUUAUUAAAUCAGAUGUUAAUAUAUAUGCGCCAGAAAUUUAUUUUUAAUUAUCAUGUUCGAUGGAAAAUCACAAAUCAUUAUUAUAUAUUAUUAUGUAACUUAUUCAAUGUGAUCUAUGUAAAUUUUUACCUGUAAAAUAUUACAUGUAUUAUAGUAUAACAUAUCGCAUCCGUGUUC